GCCCCGCCAGCGCGGCCCCGGCCUUUGGCUGUCGGGCCCCGGCUCUCCUUUCUGCCGGUGUCGCGCUCCUGCUUCCCGGAGGCGUCAUGAGGUCCCCGAUUCGGGGCCUGGCCUCGAGCGAUGGCGAGGAAGGUUCAGAUAGGACGCCCCUCUUGCAGAGCACUCUGCGGGUGGAAGCCGCUCCAGUGUGCUGCUCUGCUCGCUACAACUUAGCACUUUUGGCUUUUUUUGGUUUCUUCGUUCUCUAUGCAUUACGUGUCAAUCUGAGUGUUGCCUUAGUGGAUAUGGUUGAUUCAAAUACAACUUUAGCAGAUAACAGAACCUCUAAGGAGUGUGCAGAGCAUUCUGCUCCCAUAAAAGUUCAUCAUAAUCAAACGGGUAAAAAGUACCAGUGGGAUGCGGAAACUCAAGGAUGGAUUCUCGGUUCAUUUUUUUAUGGCUACAUCAUCACCCAGAUUCCUGGAGGAUAUAUUGCCAGCAAAGUGGGGGGAAAACUGCUGCUAGGAUUUGGGAUCCUUGGCACUGCUGUCUUUACCCUGUUCACUCCCAUUGCUGCAGAUUUGGGAGUUGGAGCCCUCAUUGUACUCAGGGCACUAGAAGGAUUGGGAGAGGGUGUUACAUUUCCAGCUAUGCAUGCCAUGUGGUCUUCUUGGGCUCCCCCUCUUGAGAGAAGCAAACUUCUUAGCAUUUCAUAUGCAGGAGCACAGCUUGGGACAGUAAUUUCUCUUCCUCUUUCUGGAAUAAUUUGUUUCUAUAUGAAUUGGACUUAUGUCUUCUACCUUUUUGGUAUAGUUGGCAUCGUUUGGUUUAUUUUAUGGAUCUUUUUCGUUAGCGAAACGCCAGAAACUCACAAGACAAUCUCCCACCAUGAAAAAGAAUAUAUUCUUUCAUCAUUAAAAAAUCAGCUUUCUUCACAGAAGUCAGUGCCAUGGACACCCAUGCUAAGAUCAUCGCCUCUUUGGGCUAUUGUAGUUGCACAUUUUUCUUACAACUGGACCUUUUAUACUUUAUUGACGUUAUUGCCUACUUACAUGAAGGAGAUCCUAAGGUUCAAUGUUCAAGAGAAUGGGCUACUUUCUGCACUGCCUUAUUUUGGCUGUUGGUUAUGUAUGAUCCUGUCUGGUCAAGCUGCUGACAAUUUAAGGGCAAAAUGGAAUUUUUCAACAAUAUGUGUCCGAAGAGUUUUUAGCCUGAUAGGAAUGAUUGGACCUGCAGUAUUCCUUGUAGCCGCUGGAUUUAUAGGUUGUGAUUAUUCAUUGGCCGUUGCAUUCUUAACCAUAUCGACAACACUGGGAGGCUUUUGCUCUUCUGGAUUUAGCAUCAACCAUCUGGAUAUUGCUCCUUCGUAUGCUGGUAUCCUGCUGGGCAUCACAAAUACAUUUGCCACUAUUCCAGGAAUGGUUGGGCCUGUCAUUGCUAAAAGUCUGACCCCUGAUAACACUAUUAGAGAAUGGCAAACAGUUUUCUACAUCGCUGCUGCUAUCAAUGUGUUUGGUGCCAUUUUCUUCUCGCUAUUUGCCAAAGGUGAAGUGCAAAACUGGGCUCUCGAUGAUCGACAUGGGCACAGAAACUGAAGGAACCAAUAAAUAAUCCUGUCUCUAUUGAAGUAUUUUUGUUUAUCAUGUAACCUAAAAGUGCCUUUGAUAUUUUAAAUGUGUAUGCAGUCUAUAUAAGAAAAAAAUGGAUGAAAUUUUUAAGGCUUGUAAUCAUGAAAUGUCACAAGUUGCCAGAUUAGUAAAAUUCGCUAUUUUUAAUCAUUAAUAACAUGUAUCCUGUAACUUAGACUUGAGGGUCAUAUAUCUGGCUGUAAAUCAGGCAACAUAAAGUAGGGGAGUUCUAUUGAUUUUUAAGGGGCAUUCUUGAAGGAAUGAGUUGAAUGGACCCCUCUAUACCUUUGCUUAAUUCAACUACAUAAUAAUUCUCAGGUCUUGGUAAACCCUUGUUUUUUACUACUUUCCUCAUAUGAAUUAUUUGUUGACCACAGCCCCUGACACUUAGGUCUCAAACGGUAGCAUCUCCACAGAGCUGCCAGCCACGGUACAAUCUGGCCUGGCAACCACACGGGAAGCAUGCCCGGGCAGCAGCCAAGCAUUCCCUCCCUGACGGCAGGGACGCUGCCCAGCAUUUAUCAGAGGCGGCAUCCAAGGCCAAGGUCAGCGCCAGGUCUUCAGAUGGUGUUCUUCCCCUGGGCGUUGUUAAUGUGUCGAGAAAGAUGCGAGCAGGCCCCAGGGCAGCAAGAGGCACCUCCACAGUCUCCAUACAAAUCCUCACACUUUCCCUUCCCCGCCCCCCCCCACACACUGGAACAUUGAUUGGCAUGUAAACCUUCAAGAGAAUGGUGCGAUGCCCAAUUAGCCACGAAUAAAAUCAUCCUUGAUUAAAACUACUUUCACGAGGAUUAGAACAUAAAUUUCCAACUCUCUGUGUUCUCUGGGCUUCGCCAGAAUAAGUAAAAAAAUUUUCUUAAAACUCACAUUUUUUUUUCCAUUUGUCUACAUGUAAGCUUCUGGUUUCAGUUGAAAAUUGAAGUGACUUUUAUUUGGCCCCAUCACCUACAACCAGUAGUGGAAUCAUCCUUACUUCCGGUUGCUAAAGUCCUAUUUUCCAGUUUUUCCUCCGAACCACCUUCCAGUGGCUCUUGAGCAUGCUUGGAGGGCAUUUAUGUGGUUUAGAACUUGAUUUAUGUUUUGCUAUGUUUGUUCAACACUACCUGUAACAUUUUAAGUAAAACUGAUUCAUGUAAUAUGAUGUGGAUACAUUUCUGUAAAUUUAUUUUUAAAUCUGUAAAUAGCUUUACAUUGCUAUGGUGAUAUUUCUUUUGUAAAUCAUCACAAUAAACAUUUUUGGAUUGGUUUUUGGA